AUGCAAGCAAAGCAAGAUUCACACCUCAAAAUCAAUCAUAUCCAAAAAGUGACCAAAAUAUCUUUUCACUUGUCCCCACCUCACACUAACUAGUACAGUACUACCUUCCAUCCUAACUACAUAUCCACUUUCUUCAUGCUUAUCAAUUAUCAUGUGUGCUAUGCUAUUCUAUUCUCUUCUCCUUAAUAAAUAAUAAACCACUUCAUUAUACACAAAUUCUUCAAACUUCACACUUCAAACAGAAUCAAAUUAUCUUAAACGAUGUCGUUUCCUUGUGACUACUGCGACACAAGAAACGCGGUUCUAUAUUGCAAACCAGACUCCGCGAAACUCUGCUUAGUUUGCGACCAGCACGUGCACUCUGCUAACGCACUCGCACUCAAGCACGUGCGUUUUCAGAUUUGUCAAAACUGUAAAAACGACGCCGCUUCGGUUCGUUGCUUCACCGAUAACCUAGUUCAAUGCCUCCGCUGCGAUUGGGAUGCUCACGGCGGUGACUCCUCCUCUUCUUCUUCUCAUCACAACAACCACAACCGCCGCCGUCUGGAAGGUCUUACCGGUUGUCCUUCCGUUAACGAGAUUGUCAUUGCGUUGGGGCUUGAUUUGAAGCCGAACGAUUCCGUUUUUGUGGCGGAUUUGGAAGGUCCGGUUGUUCCGGUUGUUCAGAAUAGAGAUGAGUUGUAUGAACAAGUGGCGGAAGUUGCGAAGAGAAGGAGGAAUUUGGAUGGUGAAAAUGAUUGUAGAUUCAGUGAUUGUAGUAAUGAAGUUGAUGAUUUGUUGUUGCUUCAGCAAACUCCGUUUACUUCCUUGCUCAAUUUUUCACCUGAAUUUGACGUCGGCGCUAAGAAAAGUAGUAACGAUUAUGGAAAUGAAUCUGGUGUUCUUCUAUGGAAUCGUAACCCUACGUAUCAGCCUCCUCAGGUCUGGGAUUUUCAAUUACAGAAAUCAAGAGAUAUGACAUAUGAUGGUGUAGAAGUAACUUCUUUAUCAGUUCCAAAAUUAUUGCAGGAUGUGCAUAAUAAGAAUUAUUCAACACUUGGUGAUGAUUUUCUAUCAAGAAAUAAUCAUUCGGAUCAGUCAUCAUCAAGCCAUGUGAAGAAGAAAGUAGAAAGCAACAAGAAAAUUAGAGAUGGGUUACCAACUGAGUCCAAAUUAGUUGAAUCCAUAACAUACAGUGGUGCAGAUAAUGUACCAGUUAUGGAGUAUCUUUUGAGUGGGAGUGAAAAUGUGAGCAACAUAAAUGGCAAGGGUAACUUGGAGGAGCAAGUAAGGAAUAGAGGGGAUGCCAUGUUACGAUAUAAAGAGAAGAAGAAAACUCGAAGGUUUGACAAGCACAUUCGAUAUGAGUCAAGGAAGGCUAGGGCUGAUACGAGAAAGAGAGUGAGAGGGAGAUUUGUUAAGGCAGGUGAUGAUGACAUUCAAGAAGGAUGAGUGGCUUCUCAGAAACCUCAUCCCGGGGCAUUGCCCUUGUACGUGUAUACAUAUAUCAGAGAAAUAUUAAUAGGUUCUAGUUUUAAUGAGGAAUUCCUUCACUUCA